AAAAUCACUCGACGCAUCACGCGGUCGAUGGCCACACAUCAUCGAAACUCAUUGACGCUUCCCGUUGAGGUUGUUACAGAGAUAUUCUCGAGGUUGCCGUCGAAGUCCAUAGCGAGAUGUCGUUGCGUAUGCAAGCUCUGGUCCUCCAUGCUUCGUCGUCAAGACUUCACAGAGCUGUUCUUGACAAAAUCUUGUGCUCACCCUCGGCUUCUUUUCGCAUGCGAAGAUGACAACGAGCAGUUUCUAUUCUUCUCGUCGCCUCAGCCUCACAAUCCGGAAGAGAACUCGCAUGUCGUAGCCGUCAAUAAUCUUGCGUGUUUCCCAAGCUCCUAUCAACUAUUUGGUUGCACCAGUGGCUUCUUGUGUUAUGGAGCUAACUUGAUCCUCAAGGCGAGAAAAAAGCGAGCGUAUGUCACGGUGAUAUGUAACCCUAGCACGGGACAGUCCUUGAUCUUGCCUACAUUGAAGUCGAGCAAGACGUCUGGAAUAGAAAGCUAUCUUGGAUAUGACCCCGUUUCUAAAGAGUUCAAGGUAUUGUCUGUACGUUAUGAUGGUUGGAUCUCUAAGGAGCUCCAUGUUCUGACAUUAGGAACCAAGAAAUUGUCAUGGAGGUUGGUCGAGUGUUGCGUACCGCACUCUACUUCUCGUAAGUGGAUAUGCAUCAGUGGUGUGUUGUACUACAUAGCCAGGACUUCAGAGGCUUAUUAUAUGGUAGUUUGUUUUGAUUUGAGGACUGAGAAGUUCAGCUUUGUGAAGUUCAGUAGAGCACUGCCUGGUUCAGCAACGCUGAUAAACUACAAUGGGAGAUUAGGUUUGCUUAGGUCGUUGGAAGAUUUUGGUAAUAUUAGUCGAGCAAGUAAAAGUAUUGAACUGUGGGUUCUUGGGGACGCUGCAAAAAAUGAAUGGUCCGAGCAUGUUUACAUGUUACCUGAUUUUUGGAAGGAUGUAGUUGCGGAGAGCAUGUGCAUUGCUGGAAUGGUUGGUACACAUGAAAUCGUACUGUCCCCGUGCUACCAAUACGUGCCUUCCUAUGUCAUCUACUUCAAUGUGGAGAGAAAGACGAUCAGAAUAGUUGGUAUUCAAGGAAUGGAGGCGUUUCAGGGUAAUAUAUGCUACACCUAUCUCAACUACGUUGAGAAUGUUAAGCUUCUUUAAGCAUUUUAAGAGAGACAAGUGUAGUUUUCGUUUUGUGUGUUGCCUUUUUUUUCCUAGUUUCUUAGUUUCAAAUUUUCUGUAAGCAGAAAAUCUUCUUGUUAGAAACUCUUUAAGAUAAUCCAGAACAGAGAAGUUUAAAAAUGUGGUGUUUAAAUGCUGUGAGAGGGAGAAGAGUUUUUAGAUCUUCUUGUUACAAACUCUUUAGAUAGGUUUUUAGAUAAAUAGAUUGCUUAAGAGAACUCAACCUCACCAGAAAAUUAUGUUUGUCCAAGCCUUUGUAGAUGAUUGAUAAAUAACAAGUUGUAGAUCUAAUUUGUGCCAUUUUGGAUUGUAUUGAGUAGAAUCUGAGUACAUAGUGUCUUAUCAUAAAUCAAAACUUCUUAAGAGAUCAUCGUGAAAAGGUACAAAAUUAAGAACUUGUUUAGACGUUACUCAUAUAUGUUAACAUGUUCAUAUCAAGCAUUGUGUUAGUCGAAUUUGGUUUGUUCACUUCAAAGGAUCAACGAUAGAUCAAAGUUUAAUAUCUAAUUAUACUUACAAUCUAACAUUAAAAAUAUAUGGUGGUUAGAUGAGACCACUAGGUCCACUACAUUCUUAGCUCUAAAUUUUACAUGUCUUUAGGAAUUCAGACUCUAAUAUAAUUAUUACAAUCUAACAUAUCAGCUAACAAAAAAUAUAAAUACCUCAUCGUUGUUCAUCUAACACAAUGAAACCAUUACAUCUUAAAAGUUGACAAUAUCUCGUACUCAUGCUCUUUAACUGGACUAGAUGAGACCAAUAUAUUCUAAUUUCACAAUUCCGCAUUUCUUUUCUCUCUUUUUCAGUUAUAAACCCCCAACAUUAUGUAUACAAGCUAACAUUUCAAUUAACAAACAAUACAACUACAACGUUAUAUGAUUAUAAUUGUA